GACCAGCUGCACUGUAGUUUGCAGUGGGGACGAACUAGAGCAAUUCCGGCUUUAUCUCUUUGUCGGUUUACGUUUUUGUUGACUUAUUUCCAGGCUCAUCUCUGCUUUUUAAUGUUAACUCUCUGUCGGAAUAAAGAAGACGGUUUCAGGACGUGGAUCUAACAUGGAAAAAGGAAGUCGGCUCGCUGCACUGUCGUUACUUCUCUCCGCUGCGUUCUCCAACUGUGUUUGUCCCAUCAGCCCUGAACAGAUUGAGCCUCUGCUGUAUGAGGAGCAGCUGCUGUGGGUGAGUGGCACCCAGGGGCAGGUGAGCACCUACAGGAUCCCGCUGCUCACCUUCACCCCCAGAGGAAGCCUGCUGGCUUUCGCAGAGGGCAGGAAAUCGUCGAGCAGUGACUUUGGAGCGAAGUUUAUUGCCAUGAGGCGCUCCGAAGACAAAGGAGCCACCUGGUCACCGACCACUUUUAUUGUCGAUGAUGGAACGCAGGCGGACGGCCUGAACCUGGGCUCGGUGGUGGUGGACGAGGAAGCGAGGUCUGUGAUUCUGAUCUACAGCAUCUGCUUCCACCUCUACCAAUGCUACCCUUCCAGCACCAUGAUGGUGGAGAGCAGGGAUGACGGCAGAAGCUGGAGCCAGCCCAGAAACCUCUCGGUCCAGCUCGGAGUAAAAAACUUCGCCCCCGGGCCGGGCUUCGGCAUCCAGAAGCGCUACAACCCCGCUAAGGGGAGGCUGGUGGUGUGUGGUCAUGGUACACUGGAAGGAGACGGAGUUUUCUGCAUCCUGAGCGACGACCAUGGACAUAACUGGUACAACGGUGCUGCGCUGAAAAGCAUUCCGUACAAUCAGAAGAAGAGACCACUGGACUUCAACCCUGACGAGUGCCAGCCGGUUGAGAUGACGGACGGCAGCAUCGUCAUCAACGUGCGGAACCAGAACAACUACCACUGCCGGUGUCGUGUGGUGGUACGCAGCCGUGACGGUGGAUUGUCCCUGCCCAUAGAUGAUCUUUACUUUGACUACACGCUGGUGGAUCCUGUAGUAGCAGCAGGAGCUCUACAGAAAGACGGCGUGCUCUACUUCACCAACCCCUCCAAUGAGCAACACAGAGUCAAUCUGACCUUACGUUGGUCUGUGACCGACGGCGUAUCUUGGGAGGAUAAAGCUGUGCAGAUAUGGUCGGGGCCAAGUGGCUACUCCAGCAUGACGUCACUGGACCGUGAUCCUCCAGAGGACCGCAAGUACAUCUUUGUCAUCUAUGAGAAGGGCCACAAGGACUAUUACGAGACCGUCUCGUUUGCCAAGAUCCACCUGUUUGGUGGUCGGUAGAGCACAUGAAAGGGAGAUUCAAAUGUUGGAGGGAAAGGGAAGAUUACUUCACGUCUUUCUCAGGAACAAAUUAAGAGACUUUUUAAACUCACUUUAUGAUAUGAAAUAUGGAAGAUCAGCACUGUGAAUGACCAACCAUUUGUGUUCGAACCAAUCUAAAUGCAGUUUUCUCCUUAAUAUAUGUUUCUCUUCUCUAAAAUUCCUAUGGUCGAUUGAGUCGCAAGUCUGUCUGUCUUUCUGUGUUUGAACAUGCCACCAAGUCUGUGUUUUUUUUUCUAAAAAAAAAAUUUGCACAACCACACUAGUUCUUGGGCAAAAGAAAAGAUGACCAAGCAUGGGACAACUUUGGAGAAAAUACAUGGUCGAAGAUAGGUUUUUCACACAGAGUACACUAGUUUCCAAGCAACUUCAACCAUAUUGUAAUGUCAAUAUCAUCUGUUUUGAAAUGGACAGCAAUACCUAUUACAGUAAAUGAUGAUGAUGAUACCAUACUUAAGUAUCACAGUCCCAGGCUAAUGACCUUAAAUGGUAUUGUUGGGGGCUCAUCAAAUGAAUAUGGUGUUAAUGCAAUACAGAUUUUAAGCACCUCUGGCAUAAAUAAUCUGUUACUUAUUCACUUCACAAACUGUCAGAUUCAAAUCUUAUAUGGGUCUGUGCAUGUGAUUAUAAUAAGGAUUUUUUUUGUCUUUAUUACGAUACGAGUGUGCCAUGAACACAUGCUGACGGAAAUUGGUUCUGCAUUUUGUAAAACCAGAAAUUUUGCAAAAUAAUGUUAAUAGCCUUUUUGUUAUGAGACUGUACUUGAAUGUUAUUUCCAAUUCGGGUUUGAGUGGUUUUAGAAAAACAAAAGUGACAAUAAAAAAUGUGUGUGAGUGAAUGAUUGAAUAUGAGAGCAAAGAGUUAAGUACGUAAUGUAUCUAAAGUAUCCUCUUUUGGAUAUUUUAUUUUAAAAUCAAGUGUCCAUUUAUGCCCUGUAUUACAAGCAUUGUAAAUAGGGUUUUCUUGUUUCCACGUAGGACAUUAACUGAUCUGUACUGAUCUAUAGAAUGAAUACAUGAUUUCUAACAGUCAUAUACCCUUUCAUUUGUUGUGGGCACAGCUGAGCUGACUUGCAGUGUCAUUUAUGAUUCAGGCAAUGAAAUCUUCCUGAGCAGCAAAAAUAGCAUGAAUUCAUGACAACUGUUUUAUCACUGUGAUCACAACACAACAGUAGAAAAUGGCUUGAUUAAAACCACGGUUGAAGAGAGAGCGUCUCUCUGAAAAGUGA